GGGGGUGGGGCCCUGAGACAGGGCGACUUACUCAACCCUAACUGUGCAAAGAACCGCGUUCUCUGGACCCUCCACAGCCUUUCCCAGGGUCACUCGCGGUGCUGCCAGCCCAGUCUCUCGUGCGGUCUCAACCCUGCCAUUGCUGAACGAGGAAAGGAGGGCACAGGAAACCGUCACAAACGAGGCCCCUUGGGGACGCGCGUGCGCAGCCAGGCACUGCGCGCUCGGAGAAGUCCGUUUCCUGACUUUUGGGGGAAGUGGCGUUGCGUCACUUCCGGCCUCCCUCUAGCUGCCAUCUUGCGUCCCCGCGUGUGUGCGCCCAACCUCAGCUGGUCUGCCCGAGACCACCUGAGCGCCAACCCUAGUCCCCCGCGCGGCCCCAUUUCCGCUCCAACAAGAUGAAAGAAACUAUCAUGAACCAGGAGAAACUCGCCAAACUGCAGGCACAAGUGCGCAUUGGUGGGAAAGGAACUGCUCGCAGAAAGAAGAAGGUGGUUCAUAGAACAGCCACAGCAGAUGACAAAAAACUUCAGUUCUCUUUAAAGAAGUUAGGGGUAAACAAUAUCUCUGGUAUUGAAGAGGUGAAUAUGUUCACAAAUCAAGGAACAGUGAUCCACUUUAACAACCCUAAAGUUCAGGCAUCUCUGGCAGCAAACACUUUCACCAUUACAGGCCACGCUGAGACAAAGCAACUGACAGAAAUGCUCCCCAGCAUCUUAAACCAGCUUGGUGCCGACAGUCUGACCAGUUUAAGGAGACUGGCUGAAGCUCUGCCCAAACAAUCCGUGGAUGGGAAAGCACCACUUGCCACUGGAGAGGAGGAUGAUGAUGAAGUUCCAGAUCUUGUGGAGAAUUUUGAUGAGGCUUCCAAGAAUGAAGCAAACUGAAUUGAGUUAACUUCUGAAGAAGAUAAAUCUUGAAGAAGUUACUGGGAGCUGCUAUUUUAUAUUAUGACUGCUUUUUAAAAUUUUGUUUAUGGAUCUGAUAAAAUCUAGAUCUCUAAUAUUUUUAAGCCUAAGCCCCUGGACACUGCAGCUCUUUUCAGUUUUUGCUUAUAUACAAUUCAUUCUUUGCAGCUAAUGAAGCUGAAGAAGCCUAAGAAUAAAGUUUGAGACAAAGAUAAAUAAAAUUCUUUGCCUAGUAUAUGGUUUUAUUUUUUAUUUCAUUGAUACCAAUUUGUACACAGAAGGCAAAAUUGUUUAUAGAAAGCUAAUCAUGGCAUGUAAUAUGACUGAUAAUGAUGAAUGGAAUCUGAUUAAAGAUUUAAAAUGACAGUAUGAGUAA